AUGGAGAAGCUCGUUGCUGGUCAUCUUCGAGAUUUCUUUGCUAAUGUGAUUAGGACAAAAUCGCUAGUCACGAAAUCAACAACUAAAGCUCCUUGCUUUGGUUUUUUGACUACUUCAAGGGAACGAUCUGCUCGUUUCUUUAAUCGUUCGUCGACGAGUCGCUUCGGACACUCUGCACGAAUUCGACGUGGUCGUUCAGUUGAUACGCCGUUUAGCAGAGUGACGCCGCUUCGAGCCACCGUCGGAUCAGGAACAAUGCUGGGUCCUGGUCAGCCGGCGUUGCCUCCGAUGCCACCGGAGGAUCAGUUGACCACGAUGUUUGAUCAAGUAUUAAAACAAAUGGAUUUACCAGUGGAUAAGAUGCGAAUAUUGAAAGAGUAUAAUAACGAGAAGAAAUGGAAAGUCGUUGUGGAUAGCGUGUAA